AUGGCACCCAAAAAGAAACCCCCCAGGAAGCCCAAGGUGGAUGAAGAGGCCGCAUCCAUCCCCCCGGUGCCGGUGGAAGAUGUCCAACACCUCAACCACCUCAACAGUCUGCACGACAGCAGCUCCAACGGCUUCCACUGCACAGGCACGGAGCUGGAGGCCCCGGAGCAUGGAGCCAGCCUCCUGCAGGGCAUGAACCAGAUGCGCCAGGAGCUGUUCCUCUGCGACCUCACCAUUGCCACCAAAACCAAGUCCUUUGAGGUGCAUAAGCUCAUCCUGGCUUCCUGCAGUGAGUACUUCCAGUGCCUGCUGCAGAGAGAGCCUCAGCUGCACCGCGUGGAGCUCCGGCACGUGUCCCCGCUGGGCCUCACCGCCACCAUCACCUAUGCCUACACAGGCAGGCUGAGCCUCUCUCUCUACACCAUCGGCAGCACCAUCGCCGUGGCCAGGCAGCUGCAGGUGCCGGCACUGCUGAGGAUGUGCAGUGACUUCCUCAUCCAGGAGAUGGCCGUGGAGAACUGUGUCUACAUCACCAACCUCGCCGCCAGCUUCGGCCUCAACCGGGUGACAGAGGCCACACGGGAAUUCAUCCGGGAACACUUCCUGGAGUUCUCCAGGACUGAGCAGUUCCUGCAGCUCCCCUUUGAUCGGAUCAAUGAGCUGCUGAUGGACGACGGCCUGCAGAUACCCAGUGAGGUUGCUGCCUUCCAGGUCGCUGUCAAGUGGCUGGAGUUUGACCCGAAACGGGUCCGGUACGCUGCUGACCUCCUGAGCAACAUCCGCUUUGGCACAAUGUCUGCUCCAGACCUGGUCACCCAUGUGCAGCCUGUGCCACGCAUGAUGCAGGAUCCACAGUGCCACAAGCUCCUUGUCGAUGCUAUGAAUUACCACCUGCUCCCCCACCAGCAGAACAGCCUUCAGUCUCGGAGAACCAGGAUACGGGGAGGCCAGAGGGUGCUCGUCACAGUUGGGGGGCGUCCAGCAUUGACUGAGAAGGCUCUGAGCAGGGAGAUCAGCUACAGGGAUGCAGAGGGAAAGUGGCAUAAGCUGACAGAGAUGCCAGCAAAGAGUUUUAACCAGUGUGUGGUGGUGAUGGAUGGAUUCAUCUACAUUGCGGGUGGGGAAGACCAGAACGAUGGCAGGAACCAGGCCAAGCAUGCUGUCAGCAGCCUGAGCAGGUACGACCCACGCUUCAACACGUGGCUGCACCUGGCCAGCAUGCAGCACCGGAGGUCCCACUUCAGCCUCAGUGCCUGCGAUGGGCUCCUCUAUGCCGUGGGUGGGCGCAACGCCGAGGGCCCCUUGGCAUCCGUGGAGUGCUACGUCCCCAGCACCAACAGCUGGCAGAGCAAGGGCAGCCUGGAGACACCGCGCUGCUGCCACGCUACCACCGUCAUCGGUGGCAAGCUCCUGGUCACCGGUGGCUACAUCAGCCAUGCCUAUUCCCGAACCGUGCUCUGUUACGAGCCCAGCACUGACUCCUGGAGGGAGCAGGCAAGGCUCAGCACCCCCCGGGGCUGGCACUGCGCGGCCACCGUGGCCAACCGAGCCUAUGUCCUGGGGGGGAGCCAGGUGGGUCCCCAGGGCGAGCGGGUGGACGUGAUGGCCGUGGAGUGCUACAGCCCAGGCACGGGGCAGUGGAGUUACAUGGCACCGCUGCCCACGGGGGUCAGCACAGCCGGGGUGGCUCUGCUGGAGGGGCGCUUGUGCCUGGUGGGUGGCUGGAAUGAGAGUGGGAAGAGGUAUGAGAAGUGUGUUCAGUGCUACAACCCUGACCUCAAUGAGUGGGCUGAGGAUAAGGACCUCCCUGAGGCCACUGUGGGUGUCUCGUGCUGCACCAUCACCCUCCCGCGCCCCCUGAGCUCCGGGUCUCGGGCCAGCUCUGUGGGCUCAGCAGCAGCCAGCACGUAA